CGGUAGCAAAAUGGCGCCGUUUCCAGAAGAUAUUGAUGUUUUUACUGUUCCACAUUCGCGAAUGAAGCAGUUAGUGCAAAUAUAUUCACAAAAACUUACAAGCACAAACUUCAAGAACUACUGUGAUUUCGAAAACCUUCUAAGUGACCUGUAUGCAACAUUCAUUGAGUUCAAGACACAUGAAAAGAUUGAGAAUGAGGAAAUUAUGAAACGAUUAAAACUUAAAUUAAAGGCGCUGUCGAUCAGCAACAGCGCUGUCUGUAACUGCCACUCGGACAACCGGCUCUCCGAGAUGCUGGAGCUCUUUCACAACGGCUUCCGCUGCAACCGACGCACGGACCUUGAGAGGCUGCGAUUCGCCGCCGAGCUGCGCUUCGCCCUCGAGGACUUCACGGGGAAGUUCAUCCCGCACAUGCAGGAGGAGGAGGACGUCUUCCAGCCGCUGCUCAUGAAGUAUUUCACGUUCGACGAGCUGCGCCAUAUGAAGGAUGUUGUACUGACACGACACGAGCGAUGGAAGGAGAAUCGCGACGAGGUCAAGGAGAUGUUUCUCAAGGAAGAGAAACAGGACAAGGAGAAGUGUAACAGUGAGCAGGUGGAGAAGGAAAGUGAAAGCAAGGAUGAAAUUGAGAAGGAAUCGACAGCAGCCAUUUUGGAUCUACCUCCGGAAAUUGCGUCGCAGGUGUUUUCACACCUAGGUGCGAGAGAUUUGCUACGCUGCGCCCAGGUGUGUCGCCACUGGUCAAAGCUUGUCGUGGAUCCUGUACUCUGGACACACAUACGACCACUGGCAUGGGCACAAGGUGACUGGAGCAUACGGGAGCCGAGUGAGGAGAUGGAACCGGACGAGUCCGUGUCACUAAACGACGCUGACGACGACCCGGACAGCUACAAGUCGUCACAUCGAGACGAGGAUGCAGACAUAGAUGAGUCGAGUGAUAGCGAGUCGACUACGAGCAUGGGAUCAAACCACGACAGCAGCAAUGAUGACUAUGUGGAGCAGCGGUGGCGUCUCGUCCGAGAGAUGACCGUGAUGGCAGGACUAGCAAAGCACCUCAUAGCGAAGAUCGGUAGUGGAGUGAAGACACUGCAUCUGUCCAAAAGUUUCGGCAUCCACAACAGAACGGUGAGAAAGAUCUUGUCUUGCUGUCCAAAUUUGGAGCACCUUGACUUAUCAUACACGGACAUGAAUGACACAGCAUUCAAAGGCUUGGACGGCUGCCUCACCAAGCUACGUCACCUCGACGUGAGCGGAUGCAUUAACAUCAGCAACCACGGACUCGAACGUCUCGCACUUUCCCUGGUCGAACGCGGCAGCGUCGCCACGGAGACGACCGACUGGGGCGGCGGCGUGGCGCCGAUGAGCGGCGUCGAGGAGGCGAUGGUUGCCCGCGGUGACGGCGCGUUCGAGUGCGGCCGCGGCGACAAGUGCUGCCGCAUGCAACAGAAUCUGGUCGCUGUCGUCGCGGCGCCACCUGGUGGCGAGGCGAUGGACGUCGACGGGGACGGCUCGGUGGGUGCGAUCGAGAACUGCCACGUGGUGAGCCCGCGCGCGGCGCGCUGUCAGAUGGUGGGCGGCGACUGCGGCGUCUACAGCAUGGCGGUCGAACUCGACGCAUACUGCCGGCGCGAGGUGGCGCCACAGUGCGUGCCCGACGGUGGCUCCAUCUACACCGCCACGCCCGGCGGAGGCACGCGGCGGGUGGACUGUAGAAGCGUGAGUAGGACGACGGCGGGAUCGCCACCAGGUGGCAGGCUGGUCUUCCUCAGUCUCUCCGGCCUCGCACUGAUCACUGACGACGGCCUGCGGUGGUUUGUGAACAUCGGAGGUCUGCCGCUACUGCAGCACAUGGACAUGUCCGGCUGUUUCCAACUGACUGGCGAGAGCAUUGCCGCAGUCGUCGACAGCGCCACCUACCUGCCGCCGCACAAGCUGUUCUAUUGCGACAACAUUCUCGAUGGGCCGUACCCGCAGGAUGCGAGCGGCUGCAGCAACCUGGAGUGCGGCAGCCGCUUCUGCUGCCGCGCCGGAUAUUGAGGCAGCGGCGGCGGCGGCGGCGGCGGACGGUUGCAAGGCGUGUGUUUUCAGAUGGCGUCCCAUGCGGUUGGUGUCCCGGUGAUGUUGUUUCGAUGACCCCCGUGUCUCGAUGACCCCUCUGUCUCGAUGACCCCUCUGUCUCGAUAACCCCCCUGUCUCGAUGACCCCCCUGUCUCGAUAACCCCUGUGUCUCGAUAACCCCCGUGUCUUGGUGACCCCAUGUCUCGAUGACCCCCGUGCGCCUCGGGUUACGGACCCAUUCUUUACAGCAUUUAUUUAAAUUCCUUUAUUCAGAAUUUGAUCACUGUUUAUUCAAUUUAUGCAUCUGCUCUGAGUGCCUCACCCAAAAUUUUGCCACGUGUUUUUUUUAUCAAGUGCCACAUCAGGAAAGUUGCGCUGUACUCGAAUAAAUGCUAACGCUAUAGUACGCUAAUUAAUACCGCCGUCCAAUCAUUCUUUAUCACUGUGCAAUGGUUCGAUAUCAGUAGAGAAAGUACCAAUAUGCUGAAUUCCAAUGUGCCCAGAACUCCUUCAAGUGCACAGUUGCAGGUUCAAUGGAAGCCAUACAAACCUUCAUCGGUUUUUACCGCCUAUGCUUUUCUGUAGCAUUUAUCCUAGGCAAAAUUGCUAAAGUGGGGCUUUUGUUUAAUAAUAGUAGUAGCUGUAGAAUUUCCUCUAGUUAUAUAUAUAUAUAUAAUGUAGGCAUUCAUACAAUUGUGAGCUCACCAUUACAGCACAGAAUGUACAACUGUGAGCCUGUAUGUAUAAUAUGUUAUCGCUUGUGUAACUGACUAUUGUGUAUUCUGCAUUAUUGUGAUGAACAUUCUAAGCAAAACGAGUAGACUCCUGCAACUGCUGGAAUUGAAAUGUUGCCAAGAUAUUUUUCACUAAUAGAGAGCUGUAGAGCUUGAACGUUUUGUUGAUCGAAUGGCGGCCUCUAGUUCAUUGUUGUCGUAAAUAACCUGCGUGAGUCUGCGUUGUUCGCGCAUGAACGUGAGAAGUGCAGUGCCGCAUUUCACAGAUAUUUGUGCCCCUGAGCGUGGUCUACUGUAGAAUAUUGACUGCAGCCGGGUUUCAGGCAUGAAUCGCCUAUAUCGUGCGCUACUAUUGGUUGCAAGGAUUUGUUUUUUGAGUGAUAAAUGAUACUUUUCUGUUUUGGAAAAAAAAGAUCAUAAGAUAAGCUCCACCCCAUCCAGGUACCUGACUGUAAAUGUGGGUUUCUUGGUGGCAUUGUAAUAUUAACCAUGUUAUUUGGAAAAGAGGGCCAAUAUGAGGACGAAUGUUGAGUUAUAGUAUCAUAGUUAACAUAUCUUUAUGUCAGAUUUGGUUGUGGUAGCAUAAACUACAGAAACAUACUUUUUAACUGUUAUUAUUCUGAACUUUGUAAGAAACAGCAAUACCUAAUGUUGGAUGGGACAUUUAUCGUUUUCCAGGUGAAACAUACAUAUUCCACGUAUUCUGGGUUAUAUUAUACACGUAUUGUUUUUGCUGUUGGUAAUCACUGUAUUAUACCUUUCAUAUUUUUAAUUUGUGCUCCCACUUUGCUCAUCAGCAGCCGGGUGUCUGCUGGAUUAAGAUGCUUUGAUGAGUCUUUUCCUAUUUAUAAUAUGUAUGUCUUUACUAUAAAUUUGUUCUGAAACUCGUGUUAAAAUGUAAACUUACAAUGAAACAAUCAACAUGUAUAUAACUGCAUGCCUAAAUUGUUUCAAUUGUUACCAUGCUAUUGAAGGAUAUGAUUAAUUCAGCAUUAUUUUACGGCAGUUCUGGCGGUGAUAAAAUAUUAUUAGGUCAGUUGGAAAUGGUUGGAACAAAUCUGAUAUGAGCAAAAGAUUGCUAUAUCUAAACUAUUGCGCUUUCGCCCUGCAAUUUUUUCAUAUAAAACGACUGUGUAUUAAAUCGGUAUUUAUCCUGGAUAAAACUGGAUGAUAAUAAACACAGAUUUGAUACCAUGUAA